CCAUCUACAGAUAAUUAUAGACCAGGUGAACGACCAAAACAAAUUAGACAUCCGGAUAACUUAAGGCCGGAAGGUGCAUUUGAUAGACCUUCUCAACAAAAUUAUGGACCAGGUGAACGACCAAAACAGAUAAGACAUCCAGAUAACCUAAAAUCAGAAGGUGAUUUUGAAAAACGAGUCGUACAAAAAGUAACUACAAGUGAGCGUACUGUUGCUUAUAAGCCUCAAGACAAUUUAAGGAUGGAAGGAGAAUUUGAAAAAAGAGAUCGAACUUAUACAGUUCGAAAGGUUGAGCAAGCUAUAAUCAGGAAACAUGAAGAUAAUUUGAAGGUAGAAGGAAUAAUGCACUUUACCAACAAAAACAUACAUUCCGAUCAGAAGUCGCUUGAUUCUGGAUAUUCUCAGAAAAUGACUGAAAAUAAUCAAACUGUAAGCGACCACAAACGAAUAAAUCAAGUGGAAAAAUCGCAUUCCUCUUCAAAUACUGAAAACUAUUCUUCAAUGCACAAAAAUCAGCAGAACAAUACUAAUACUAGAAAGCAUAUUGAAUCUCAAAUUUCUUUGGGGGAUUUUCCUAAAGACUCAAAUACAAAAGAAAAAAUUAGUGUCAAAUAUGGACAGUCACAAUUCGAAGGAGAACUUAGACAAUCAGCUGAAUCACAAAAUAUUGAAAGUCGUGUUGUAAAACAAUCAUCUAAUUCUACGUUCCAAAAAAGCUCAAAAUCUGAAGAACAUGUGGAGAGAAAAAAAUGGGAGACUUCUCAAAAAAGAGAUUAUUUAAAAGGAUCUGUAACAGAUUUAAGCAGUACUAAAAACGCAUCAUUAUCGAAGCAACAACUAAACCAGACCAACGAUCAAAGAUAUUCAGAUAAUACAACUCGUCAACAUUCAUCCAAUCAUUAUAACCAUAUGUCUUCACAAAAUGUCAGCAGUUCAAAUCAGUGGCAUGGACAAACAAGUGAACAACACACUUACUCUUCACGACAGUCUCAAGAAUCUAGAGGACAGUUGAAUCACGAUAGACUACAAAAUGAAAACCAUGUCGACAGAGUACAAAACACACAACAUAGACACGGGCAUCUGAAUAGUAACGAUAAUCAAAAUUAUUCUGCACAGCAAAGAAAUCUUCAAAACAUUGGUCAGACUAGUCAAAAAUAUACCAAUGAAACUAGUGGUCAAAACUAUAGACAGAGCACUAUUACUAGUAAUUCAAAAAAUAGUGAACAAAUUCGACGGCCUGAAAGUUUUGUUAUAAGUCUGUCUGACGAAAAAUCAACAAAUAAUCGAAAUGCGUCAUCUAUAGAGCAGCGUUCUGAACAUUAUUCAAAUAACCAAACAAGUAAAGUUCUCAAAACCGAAGUAGGAAGACAAUCAUUUGCUAGCGGAAAUACCAACGAGAGAAACUCGACUAGCCGUGAUUAUUCUUCGGAUUUGCGUUCAAGCAAGUCAGCUAUAUCGAAUGAACAGUUGAACAAAAGCCACCGGUAUGAGACCAGUAGCCAAAAUCGGAAUGAAUACAAUCGGGACCACUCUAAAUCACUUUCGUCACAACAAAAAUCUGAGCAGUCUACAAAUCGUUCGCAUGGAAAUGAAGUUAAAAGUUAUUCCACUGCAACUUAUAGGAAGUCUUUGCACAGCACUAGUUCCAACGUGUUGAACAUCGACACGUCGACGAUCGACAGGAAAACAUACAGUGACCAAUCUCAUCACCGUAAGUCUGUAAUAAGUUCGAACACCGAUCUGAGCAAUUCGGUGUUGCACCGCAAAGGAGAUGUGACGCAUAUCGAAGCGCCCCAUACCACUUCUUCAGCAGCAGCGGCCCAAAGGAGGAGCAUCAAUACGUUGGACUCGACAUUCGUGGUAUCACCUCCAGACAACCGGAACAGUAUUAGCGCUAUGCACCGUCAAGAUAGGGUGUCGAGGUCAUCCACGAACAGGUCACAUAUCAGUCUCGGCGAUUCGUCAAUAAGUGAGUCGAGCACUAGUCAUUACAGAAACGAAUAUAAACCGAGGGUGAGCGGCCCAUGCCCUGUACCGUUGAUCGAAAGAAAUCAAGCGCCCUUUAGACACACUCGGGAUACGAAAACACACAAAUUCUAUAAGUCAACUACAUCGGACGGAGAUCGUAGAUAAAUCGUCUAG